UGAAGGUUGGAAGAAGGUAGAAGAACUCGAGUGUCCUGCACAGAACUCUGACCUCAACCCCACUGAACACCUUUGGGAUGAACAAGAACUGGAGCUUCCUGACAUCACCAUCGGCAACUGAUCUCAACCUCACUAACGCUCUUGUAGCUGAAUGAACACAAAUCCCCACAGCCACACCCCAAAAUCUAGUGGAAAGCCUUCCCAGAAGAGUGGAGCGCAUUAUAACACUAAAGGCAGAGUAAAUCUGGAAUGAGAUGUUCAACAAGCACUAUGAUGGUCAAGCAGGCACAUACUUUGGGCUGUGGUAGGUAGGUAGGUAGGUAGGUAGACAGCACCUCCCCGCUUUAAAGCAGCACUUUAAACCCGUCUUGCAGCGGCCACAACAAGAACGCGGUGACGUCAUCGUGCCGUCACUGCGUAUCGCAGCGUGCGCGUUCAUGUCUCCGCCAUCGCUGCUGCGUGCGCGCCCCCGGGCGGCUGUCGCGUGGUGCUGAUCGCUGAGGGAAGAAUCAGGCCGAGAGGCUCAGUGCAGGAUCUAUUAUUUUUUUUUUUUUACAUUUUACAUGUUUUAAUGAGAAUCCGUCGUCGUGCGGCUCAGAGCGAAGUCGAGUGGAGCGGAGAGGAGCAGGAGUGAGGGAAGAGACGCACAGAAGAGGGACUUUUUUGUGUGGUUUAAUUUGGAGAGCACGUUCACGUUGGGGGAAAGGAGGAACGUAGACAUGGCCACUCAGGUGGAGACUCUCCUGCAUACCACCGCGACCCCGCUUCUGCAGGAGGAGGAGGACCUCCAGCCGCCCGCCGGACACAGAGCGCUCACCCCGGAGCCGAGCUCGAAGCAGGCCGGGGAGGAGAGCAGCCUGCAGGAGAAGAAGGAGUUCAGAGAGGCGCCUCCGCCCAAAGUCAACCCCUGGACCAAGAAGCUCAACUCGGUGACGGUGAACGGACAGACUGCGCCCGAGCAAACUGGACCAGCGAAAGUGGUGAGAGCAGGAACCCCCCGAUCCAGGAGAGGAGGAAAGGUUGGAGAUUUUGGAGAUGCGACCAACUGGCCAACGCCCGGAGAGAUCGCCACCAAGGAAGUGCAGAGCGGAAAUCAGUUUACGCCGAUGUUCAGCCCCGGAAGUGACCACACACGGACUGUGAGAACGGGGUGUAAGAAGGCAUCAGUGAAAAGAGAGUCUAAAGAGAAGAGGGACAGCGAGGAGACUAAAGAGAACCAGAAGACCAAAUCAGAUGAUUCAGGAGAGGAGAAGAACGGAGAGGAAGACUCGCACAAGAACAAUGCUCACAGGAAGAAAGCAGGAAAUAAGCAUAAGUGGGUUCCUCUGAUGAUUGAGGUGAAGUCUGAGGGACCACGAGAGCGCUCAGCCUCCCGGAACAACGCACGCCAGGGAGAAACUCCCAGAAUGCACCACAACAACAGGAACGACCUCAGAGACUGGCACAGUGGUAAAUACGAGCGUGAUCAGUUUAGAGACGAUCACGAUGAGGUGUCAAGUGUGAAGAGUGAGGGAGCGCCGUUCAGAGGAGGGUUCAGAGGACGAGGAAGAGGACGGGGACGAGGAAGAGGACGGGGAAGGGGAGGGCGAGGUCACUUUGACUAUCAGUACAGCUAUAAGUAUGAGGGGAAGGACGGUGUGUACGAUCCUAAAUACGCACAGUCAGUGACCUAUUACUACGACAACAUGAGCAGCGCAGAGCUCUACAGCGUGGACCAGGACCUGCUCAAAGAGUACAUCAAGAGACAGAUUGAGUACUACUUCAGUGUGGGGAAUCUGGAGCGGGACUUUUUUCUCAGGAGGAAGAUGGAUGAGGGCGGCUUCCUGCCUGUAGCCCUGAUUGCUAGCUUCCACCGUGUUCAAGCGCUCACCACUGACAUCCGCCUCAUCACCGAGGCUCUAAAGGACAGUAAGGAGGUGGAGAUUAUUGAUAUGAAGAUUCGGUGUAGAGAGGAACCGGAGAAAUGGCCUCUCCCUGGGUUAAUGCUCCCUGAACACACGCACACCGACUUUUCCCAACUCAUCAACUGUCCCGAGUUCAUCCCCCGCAACACGGCUGACUCACCAGGCACAGGUUCUCCUCGAGUUCCAUCUGCAGCUGAGCAGAAGCAGGAUGAAGUGUGUAACCUGAAGACGAUGCCGAAAGGUUUAUCAGCGAGUCUCCCUGAUCUCGAUUCCGAGUGCUGGAUAGAAGUGAAGAAAAGGCCACGACCCUCACCGGCCAGACCAAAAAAGCAGGAGGACCCUCGGAGUGGCCUUACUCCAGGGGAUCAGGAUGAGCCUGAGGAGCUGGACUUCUUGUUUGAUGAGGAGAUGGAGGCGAUGGACGGGCGGAGGAACACAUUCACCGAGUGGACGGACGACGAGUCGGACGGCGAGAUCGAUGACCACGAUGUCAACAAGAUCCUGAUAGUGACUCAGACGCCACCGUACCUGCGCAAACACCCCGGGGGUGACCGGACCGGCAACCACGUCUCCCGCUCCAAACUCACUAACGAGCUCGUUAAGGUCAUUAAUGACGGCCUGUUCUACUACGAACAGGACCUGUGGCACGACUCGUAUGAGCCGGAGUACGCCACCAUCAAGCAAGAGGUGGAGAACUUCAAGAAGGUGCACCUGAUCAGCCGUGAGCAGUUUGACUGUUUGACCCCUGAACCCCCCAUCGACCCCAACCAGGAAGUGCCGCCCUGCCCACCCCGCCCACAACAAAUUCCUACAGAUGACCUGGCGAAUAAGCUGUUCGGCGCUCCGGAGCGUUCCAUGAUGGCGCGCUCUCUCCCCACUGCCGUGCCUGACUCGCCUGGAUACAGAGCGCCACACACACCUCGCACACCCCGCACACCCCGCUGCAAACACAACACACACACACCUCGCUUCUACCCCGUCAUCAAGGAUGGCCGGCCUGUGGACACCAAGACGCCACGUAAGCGGAAGACGCGUCACAGCUCGAAUCCACCAAUGGAGUGUCACGUCGGUUGGGUGAUGGACUCGCGAGAACAUCGAUCACGGACCGCAUCCGUCAGCUCAAACGCAAGUCCAUCCGAAGGCACGGCGGCGUUGGGGAACAUCGGCUGCACUCCUCAGUCUCUUCCUAAAUUCCAGCAUCCAUCACACGAGCUACUGAAGGAGAAUGGCUUCACACAGCACGUCUACCACAAAUACAGGCGACGCUGUCUCAAUGAGCGUAAGCGGUUGGGGAUUGGUCAGUCUCAGGAGAUGAACACACUCUUCCGUUUCUGGUCGUUCUUCCUGCGUGAUCACUUUAACAGGAAAAUGUACGAGGAGUUCAGACAGCUGGGAGUCGAGGACGCCAAGGAGGGUUACAGGUACGGGUUGGAGUGUCUGUUCCGGUAUUACAGUUACGGUCUGGAGAGAAAGUUCAGACCUGAAAUCUUCAAAGACUUCCAGGAGGAAACUGUCAAAGACUAUGAAGCAGGUCAGCUGUAUGGUCUGGAGAAGUUCUGGGCUUUUCUCAAAUAUUCUAAAGCGAAGACUUUGGAGAUCAGCUACAAACUGCAGGAGUACCUGCGUAACUUCAGACGCCUGGAGGACUUCAGAGUCGACCCUCCUAUAGAUGAAGGUCGUAAGCGUCACUCCUCCAGUGGUGAUGGGCGUCGCCGUCACCCGUCUCAGUCCUCUGCUCGCCACACCCACAGCUCUGACCACACCCUGGAGCCUAAGCCUGGCCCCGCCCCCGCUGCGGAGUCUGGCCAGUGAUCCACCGACCGAAACCGACACCACCAUCCUCACCGUUACCCGCCCAUUACCCAUAAUCCUCUGGGGUCCAGCCGCUCCCGCACGCAUCACACACGGGCGGAGCUCCGGUGCGGAGGAUGAAUCAAGCGCUUCCCUUCAGACAUAACACCUUUUUUCUUAUUUACGCCUGAGUCGCUGCUGAGGGGAAACUGUUCACUCUUCACCUUUAUUCUCAUCGCUUCCUUCUUUAUCUGGACAUAGCACUCGCCGUGACCUUUCCAGCCUGAGCCCGUAUGAUUGGCUGAGAGACGGGUGGUGAUGAGUGGGGUUUUUUUGGGGUUUGAACUUCCUGUUUGGAGUGGGGCUUGGUGUAAAGUGACGCGGGCGGAAGACUCGAACGUCUCGCAGUGUUUCUCAUCGCUCUUUUACACAGUUGCCUUAUUUUACUCUGUUUUUCUGCUUCUCCCGCGCCGGACACCUUAAUCGCCCCUCCCCGACACUCACACACAUACCUACCUGGUACUGUGGGCAGGUGUUUUCCCUCGUCUCCGUGUCUCCCAUGUGUUGUGGACCAUAUUCGUUCUCCUGCUGUGUCUCCGUGUUCACGCCCCGCGUCCGUACUUCAUCAAUAUUACUUGAAGAGCGAGAGGAAAAGAACAGGUGAGAACAUCUGUUCAUUGCUGCAGGUGCUCUAGGACUUUAACAAAAACAUACACACAAUGGAGGAAUAGGGGGAAAAACUUUAUUUAAAAAAAAAAAAAAAAACCCUUUAAAUACACAGCUUCAGAGAUCAGCUCACCUGAGAAGUCAGAAGCCACGCCCUGUUUUUGCUGACAUGCCUCAUUGAUGGGCGGAGAAAUGAAUUGGGCGUUGCUCUCCAUGCCUCUAACAGAGGGAUGACGCCGCCCCUAUCCAGACCCUGUCCCCUUGAUCCUGAAAGAUUUUCCUAAGGGAUGGACUGAGGGGGUGUGGCCUCACCUGAUUUCAGAACACACCCCCGUGUUCUAUGAUCGAUUAAAAGAUUAUAUAUCCGCAUUGUGUGUACAAUAUUUUUAGUUUUAUUGUCCCUGAUUUUUUUAACACCUUUUAAUUUUGCCGUAUUGUAGCUAUGUUAAAGUUUCAGUGCCACGUGAGAAAAAUAGGAAUGUUAAUAAGUAAAUAAAUAAAGAGGAAAUAACUGCAGCUCUUCUUACAUUUACAUAUUAAACACUCAGUUAAUGAUAGUUAAUUGGUUACCGAGCUGGUUUCUGAGCGCAGUGCAGCGUGGUGAAUGAGCUGUAGGUUUUUCUGUUGGGGGAAGAGGAGGAACAGAUGGUCAGAAACAGUUUUAAUCUCUAUGAGUUUGAUUUAUUUUUAUUUUAAGCACAGAGGAAGAAACUGAUGUUAAAGGGAUGAUAAAAUAGUUAUCUGGUUAUUAACUGCAUUAUUCCAUAAAGCCAUAGAUAUUUAAAAGAAAGCACUGUGUAAAGGUGUUAAUGUUAAUAUUUCAUCAGCGUUCUGCUUGAGUUCAUCAUCCUGAAGAGGAAUGGAGAGAAGAAAAAAAAAAACUCCCCAAAUGUAAAAUACUUGAAUGAUGUGUAUGAUAACCGUGAAUACUCUUGCGCUCGCUCUGUAGGCUGAUGUGAUUGGCUCCUAGUGUCAUUUGUAAUUUGUAGUCAUUUUGCUUUCCUUUAAUGAAUAAAAAAAAUAUAUAAAAUGGACCAAAAAA